GUUUUGUUGCUUCGUUGUUAGGGUUCGACCGGCGCAGACUUCUUGUCCUUAUCUUUCAAAUUAAACGUUUUGUCACAUGACUUUCUUUGCGGCUGAGGGUAAAGAGAAAUUCUGAAAAAGUUGCGCUUGAAAUGGUGGUUCAUCAGUACGUGACUUCGCUCAACGAGCUUGAGGGGGCUGUGGCCGAAAUCAAUAACAUGUCCAUCGCUGUUGAUGGACAGCGUGCACCUGAGGACCAGCCAAAACCAAUUUUUGUUAUUGUGUCUGGAGCGAAGGAUGACAAUGGAAAAUCCUGGUGUCCAGACUGUGUCAAAGCCGAACCAGUACUGGAAGAAGCUGCACGCGAAUUGGCUCCAGAGUUCUCUGUGUUUGUGACUGUGUAUCUGGGCAGGGAGGAGUGGAAAGACAAAAAGUGCGUUUUCCGCACCGACUCGCGCUUCCGGCUUUCAGCCAUUCCAGCGUUGCUCAAGUGGCCCAACGCUGAGCCAAAACUUCAGGAAGAGCAGUGUGCCAAUGUUGGAGCCCUGAAGGAUUUUUUUGAAGAAUUCGCGUAAAAUUGUUUCUUUUGAUUUCCCAAUUUAUUGGCUAUGGUCUUUUGUAUUGAAUGAUAAAUAAAAUUAGCUAAUGGAUUCAUAUAUAUUAAUCUAUUGGAAAUUUAUAAUUCAGCUUAAAUAAAGCUAAUGCUAUUGAA